AUGAAGAUCCUGGAGCCUGUUGAAGCGGCGUUGGCGUCAGCAAAGGUUGUUCGUCAGACGUGGUCAAGCAUUCAGGCGCGCUUUGGACAGAUACAAAAGGUAAUUGGCAAGUAUGUCAGAUGUUCAAAGUAUAUGGAGUCUUUAAGGCAGUCAGUAUCGACGGAGCGCGACAUGAUGAAGCAGGCAUUAGCACUGUACAAGGAGCGCCACAACCAGCCCUUCACCUACGUCGAGUGCUACGACGUGCUAUUCAAAUGUCCCAAGUCUGAGAAUUGA